GAGUACAGACAGUGAGUACAGACAGUGAGUACAAAAGUGCUGAUUUAUCUACCGGAUUUGAAUAAACGUUUUUGAGUGUGUUAAUUCCUACACGGUUCUUACAACCUGUAUACAUAUAGUUAUCUGAACAUCAAACCUUGUAUAAAUUCACUUAAUGAGAUAGCUUGCUAUCUGCAGAUCAAAGUUUUCCAAACUUGGUUCAGCCAUUUGAGUCAGAAGUACUUCUCCUUCUACAAAAAGACCCACAAGCUUUCUUAACAUUUAUAUAAGAGUAUUAUGUGCAAUUUAAAUUAGGUAGCACGGAAGUCUUUAUUUUUUUUUAAUUCAAGCGCACGUGUCUAUAAGGUAAACUUUUAUCAAAAAUAAAUUUUAUAUCAUGAGCAUUCAACUUAUUCUCUUUUAAGUUCAGAGAUUGUUAGGAAACUUCCGUGUUUUGCCCAAUCUGACACUCUGGAAACUCCACUAAGCAGUGACUUGCUGACAUUGAAAAUGUUCAUAUUGCUCUUUAGCCUAACCAAUAGAAUACAAGGAGUGACUGUCUAUCUGACCCCUUCAAUCAAAAUGACUUGAGCAAGACUGGUUGUCAGGAUUCCCUUGUCCGUGUGUGUAACGACUUGUAUGUUAUGACAGCAGGUUAACAUGCUUUAUGGAAUGUGACAAAACAAUCCACGCAUCGACCGCGCCGAGUGUGGCAGCUAGGUAGGUACCUACUGGCUGACACCAACGUUAUAGCACUCAAACUCAUCUUAAACAGGACAUGGAUGCUGUUUGUAUUGGUCAGCAUUUGUACGUCCACGAUAUAUAUAAACGAUAAAAGUCAUUUAGUUAUAUUAUGGUCGGAAGUGAAGUGAGGCACGCUCAGAGUGCGAGCACUGACACUGACAUGCAGGGCACCGCUGCCCUGAGCCAGCACUGCUCCCCUGAGCCAGCACUGCUCGCCACACGGUCGAGUCACUGCUUGUCGAACAUUCUCUCUACAUAGAAGCCAUAUUAAUCUAUUUGUUGCUGUCGGGGCAGGUUCAAAUAAGAAAGUCUAAGUAAAAACCUUCUCGGAUGAAGUAAGGGUAAGCAACGAUAAGUUGUUAUCAGUACUUAUUUAACAUUCGAAGAUAUUUUAGGUAGGUAUGUUGAAAAAAAAUCCAUAGGUACACACACACACCAAUCUAUAUAAUCGGCUGAGUGCUUACUGACUACAUAACGCCCGACAGCGUCGCUGAUCAGCUCCGCCGAGCACUCGAACUGCUCGCACCCUGAGGAGUUACACCUUCACUGGUUAGGUUUACUUAUCUUUGAACAUGAAGUGUGUCACUGGGCGACGAUUGUAACAUGUAAGUGGGGCUCGAAUAACACAACCGAGUGGCAACAAGUAGACACGAACCAGUGGCGCAUCGGAUCACUGAACUCAGUUCCGCGUUGUCGACGUGACAUCGGCGCGCGGCGCGGGCUGGCCGCGAGCCGCCUGCAGCGAGCGGCGCGCGCCGACGCCCUGCGCGUGUGUGCGCCGCGCCACUCACGCAGCUAUGUGCGCGCUCCUACGGCCGACUCCAUCUUCUCUUUACUUCCAUCUAUUCCAAACUUAGGUAGGUGGCAGGCGCGUGUGGGCUGCUGCAGGCGCCGGGAGCCGGCCGCGCCGCGCUCCGCACAGAACAAUGGAAGGCGGCGCAGGCGUGGGUAGCGUGGCGUCGCUCACCAUGGAUUGCGAGGACAUGUUCAAAGAGAUCACCAAGAAGCUGUACGGCGAGGAAACCAGCGUGGGCGUGGUGGGCGUCGAGUUCCCGGCCGCCGAGCGCGACCUCGACGACGACCUGCGGCCCGAGGAGCACAUCACGGCCUGGGGGCUGGCGGCGCUCAUGCAGAACGGCUUCCCGCCGCCCGGCAUCCUGCAGGCCAACUUCGCGCCGCGCAUCGACCCCAGCGCCGAGGACCGCUGGACGGCGGCCGAGGAGCCGCUGGCGUGGGCGCACUCGCGCAUCGCCUCCUACAACCCCGCGCAGCGCCUCUUCAAGUGCGCCGACUGCGAGUGCGUCGGCUUCCUGGCGCGCGUGGCCGAGCAUUGGCUGGGCACGCACUCGCAAGCGCGCGCCUUCCAGUGUCCGCUGGCGGGCUGCGGCUUCGCGUCGGGCUGGGCGCGCGGGGUGCGGGCGCAUCUCGCGCGCGACCACCACUCCGACCCCGCCGCCGCCGACCACCUGCUGCGCGACAACCCCGCGCUCGACGACCUCACGCGCUACCUGCAGCGCCUCAAGAACAAGGUGGAGGCGAUGCGCAGCGAGCGCCGCCCCAGCGCCGGCGACGCGGCGCCCAGCGAGGCGGCGCCGGAGCCCGGCAAGCGCUACGUGUGCGGCGCCUGCCCCUACGCCACGGACCGGCGCGACCUGUUCACGCGCCACGAGAACAUUCACCGCGACGAGAAGCCCUUCCACUGCUACUUGUGCCAGAAGCAGUUCAACCGCGCCGAUCAUGUCAAGAAGCAUUUCUUGCGUAUGCAUCGCGAUCAGCCAUACGACUUGAACCGCAUCCGGCGCUCGGCAUCCAUCGUGAAGCCGAGCACGGCGCCCCCGGCACUGCACUACUACAGGGCGCCGGCGGGCGAGCCGCCACCCGGGCCGCAGGCGCCGGCGCCGCCGGUGGCGCCCGCGCCGCCGCCCGAGUACCGGCCGGCGCCGGCAGUCAAGCUGGAGCGGCCGCCGCUCGGCAAGUCGGAGGCGGCGCCCGCGCCCGCGCUCCACAAGGCUGCGCCCUCGCCCGCCGCCGCUGCCGCCGCUGCCAUCCGCCGCAAGGGCGAGCGGCGCUACGCGUGCUGCUACUGCGCGUGGUCGGGCGUGGACAACUGGUGCCUCAAGCGGCACCUCAACACGCACCUCAAGCCCUUCGCGUGCGCGCUCUGCGAGUACAAGGCGGCGCGCGCCGAGCGCCUCGCCACGCACGUGCACAAGGUGCACAACAAGAAGGCCUGCGCCAAGUGCCCCUUCCUGGCCGACGACCCGCUGCAGCUGGCGCAGCACCUGCGCGACGCACACCACAUCGAGAGCCGCAGCCUGAAGGUGCCGGCGGGCGGCGCGGGCGCGGCGGCGGCGGGCCGCGCGGCGCCGGGCGAGGCGGCGGGGCGGCGGCGCGAGGCGCGCGCGGCGGGCGCGGCGCGGCUGUUCGGCUACCUGGAGGCGUCGGACGGCUCGGCGGACGAGUACGAGGCGCCGGCGCUGGCCGAGUUCGCGGCCGCCGCGCCCGCGCCGGCGCCCUACGCGCGCGACAAGGAGAACGCGGCGCCGCUGCCGCACGGCCUGCACGACCACUGCCUGCGCUACUAGCCCGCGCCGCCGCACCGCACCGCGGAUGACGACUCCUGGCUCCGGCGACUACUUACUGCCUGACCAUCCAAAUCUUGGCCUGAAGGCAGGUACACAUUAGCAGCUGGGUCGGUCCGAGCGGCGGCGGCGGUCGCACCGCGCCGUGCCGCAUCAGCACUGCGCCGCUAUCACUACACUUGUUUGCCAACGAUGCAUUGGCGUAUUUGAUCAAAUUUAAUUAGUAGUUAACUGUUAAAUGUAAAUUUAUGCUUGUUCGAUGAUAACAUGUACAAAAUAAUAUUAAUAAAGUUAUGAAUCCCACCGAA